AUGAGGAACGUUGGGUGCGCAACCAUGACGUCCUUCGCCCAAGAAGACGCCGCUGCCUUGAUGUUGCUGGCGGGGAUGAUGUACCUGGGAAUGGAUGAUGACAGCUCCCUCCUGGAUGCUCUUGGUCUCGCUGACAUCAACCAAGCAGAGGACUUCGUGGAUGGAGCCGCCCGGACUGGACGAUCCGCACCACAUGCCGAUCGCUGGUAGGAGAAAAGCGGCGGCAUUUUAGCAGCUCCCAGUUUCAGCCUUCAGGUGCAGUAAGACGACCUUCGCCGAUCUUGUGAAGAAGCUCUACGUCACCACUGGCAUGAGCUGGAAGGGUCGCAGAGGACCGCCGUUCGAUUCGUGCGAGCGUGUAGCCGUGUUCAUGUGGCGGCUGGGUGGAGACUCCACGGUCAGGCAGACCGCCCUUCAGUUUGGCCUGUCUCAGGGGACGGUAUCUCAGGUGACCCUGGAGGUGGCAAGGAGGGUCGAGAAGUAUCUUCGCGAUGGAAGCGUCUGGCGUCCUAGCCCGGGAGAGCAGCGGGAGAUGUCUGCAGCAUGGGAGCCCGAGAAGCAUCUCAGGUUGUUUUGUAUUCGUACUUUUCUCGAUUUGACCGCGCCUUUUGU